AUGUCGGGCCUGGCGCGGGCCUUGCGGCAGGCGGCGGCUCUCGGGCGGCUCCCCGCGCCCCGCAGAGAGGGCGACGGGGCCGGGGCGCGGCCCUGGGGCUGGGGGUUGGCUCUGGGGCUGGCGCUGGGGCUUCGGGCGGCGCCGGCGGGAGGGGAGUCAGAGAACGGGCGGGAGGAGAAGCAGCCGCCGAUCCCGCGGGGCUUCGGCGCGGCCGUGGAGAGGAGCAGGGACCUGGUGCGGAGGAUCAAGGACGAAGCAGGAAUCCCAGGUAUAUUAGUUGGAGUUUCUGUAGAUGGAAAGGAAGUCUGGUCAGAAGGUUUGGGCUAUGCUGACGUAGAGAACCGUGUGGUGUGUAAGCCAGAGACCAUCAUGCGCAUCGCCAGUAUCAGCAAGUGUCUUACAAUGAUGGCUGUUGCUAAAUUGUGGGAAGAGGGGAAACUAGAUUUAGAUGCUCCAGUGCAGAAAUAUGUCCCUGAAUUUCCAGAAAAGGUCUAUGAGGGUGAAAAGGUCACUAUUACCACAAGACUGUUAGUUUCACACUUGAGUGGGAUUCGUCACUAUGAAAAAGAUAUUACAAAAGUUAAAGAAGAAAAGGAAAAGGCAAACAGAGAACUUAAGCUAACAAAAUCCUGUCAGGAUAAAGAACAAAAAGAAAAAGAAGGUAAAGGUAUUGAAAAAACUGAUUGUGUCAAACAGAAGAAAGAACAUAAUAGUGAGACAAAAAUCCAGCAUUCAAAGCCUGGCAGGAACAACAAGGAAUUUGAACAGGAAGAGUAUUAUUUGAAGGAAAAAUUUGAAAGUGUGAUUGAAUCACUGAAGAUAUUUAAAAAUGAUCCUUUAUUCUUUAAACCAGGUAGCCAGUUCUUGUACUCAACGUAUGGCUUUACUCUCUUAAGUGCUGUUGUGGAGAGAGCUUCAGGACAAAAAUUUACAGAUUAUAUGCUGAAAAUGUUUCGUGAUUUGGAUAUGCUGUCAACUGUCCUGGAUGACAAUGAAGCAAUGAUAUAUAACAGAGCAAGGUGUUACGUUUACAACAAAAAGGGACGGCUGGUAAAUGCACCGUAUGUGGACAACUCUUACAAGUGGGCUGGUGGUGGCUUUCUGUCCUCAGUAGGUGACCUCCUGAAAUUUGGAAAUGCCUUGUUGUACAGUUAUCAAGCCGGACAAUUUAAAAACAGGAAUUGCAAACUUCUUCCAGGGUACCUCAAGCCAGGCACGGUUGCAAUGAUGUGGACCCCAGUGCCAAAAACAGAGGUGUCGUGGGACACAGAUGGUAAAUACGCCAUGGCUUGGGCUGUGGUAGAGAAAAACCAACAAUAUGGCUGCUGCAGACAGCAGAGACACUAUGCAUCCCAUACUGGGGGGGCCGUGGGGGCCAGCAGUGUCCUCCUCAUUCUGCCUGAAGAGCUGGAUACUGAAGCUCUGGGUACUUGGCCAGUAGCACCCCCAAGAGGAGUCAUUGUCACUAUUAUCUGUAAUAUGCAGUCGGUUUCGCUCAACAGCACUGCCUUAAAGAUUGCAAGGGAAUUUGAUAAAGAAAAACGGGCACAAUAUAUGGACUAAAAGAGAUGUAUGUGACUGAACUCAAUGUACUGAAAAACAAAGGGAGAAGGGUGUAAUUUGACUUCAAGUUCCUAAGAAUAUGGGAAGAAAAAGCAUUAAAAAAAAAUCAGUUAACCUCUGCUAGUGGUGCUAAACUUACAUGUAACUGGAAUUAAUCUCUCAGGGAAGUUCUUAACUCACAGAAAAUGAGAAUGUAACAGUCAAAGGUGACUUUCUGUAGUACCUGCAUAAAACAUUAUUAUAUUAGCAGGUUAUUUUUAUCAACUAGUGAAACACCUGGCCAAGAUUAAAAAAAAUGGUUUGUUUUUUUUUUGCACUAAGUACAAAUUAUCUACCUUGAACAUUAAACUUUUGAAAAAUUUCACAUCUUGAUUUGAGCACACAAAUAUGUUGGUUGUUACUCGCACAGUUCCAGUCUGCCAAAAUUAUUCAGUAUUACUUUCUAAAGAAAAAAAUGUGUCACCAUUGCUUUUUGUUUUCACAUACCACUUCCCUUCUUUGCUUAAAAAAACAACAAAACCCAAACCUUGAAGCUAAAUCCAAAACGCAGACUUAUACCAGAAGCAGGCUUUUAUCAGAGCUGUGGAUUAAGAGCUAGAAAAGAAUGAAUCUAGAGCCAAUGUAAGUGAAACUCUUUGUAAUUUAGAUGUUCUGUCAUCCAUUUUUAUUGGACACAGAGAAUGUGUGAAAUUAGUUUGCCGUGCAAUAAAGGUAUUAUUUCUAGAGUCAAACCCACCCAAAUAGCACAGCAUGGCAAGCUGUCAAACUGUCCCAUUUGAGUGAUCUACAUGCUAACUUGGUAGCCAGAAACAACACUGUAUUCCAUAGUGUAGAUAUUCCCUUGUAAACAGGAAUUAGGAAGUCAAAUAGCUCAAUACAACUUAAAGCCCAUUCUUGAAGUCAGGAGUCAAAGUCUCACCAGUGGAACACAGCUAUGGCGGCUGCAGCACAGCUCUAAGUGCUGCAUCCAGAGAUGGGGACACCUCCACCUCCCUGGGAACUCCUUCCAAUGCCUGACCACCCUUUCUGUGAAGAAAUUUUUCCUGUUGUCCAACCUGAACCUCACCUGGUACAGCUUGAGGCCAUGUCCUCUUGUCCAUUCACUUGUUCUCUGUGAAAAGAGGUCAAACUCCCCUGGCUCUGAAGUGCGGAAUAAAAGGAACCCUAUAACUCGCAGAGUAGUUAUAAGAGCAGGUAUGAAUUUAUUCAGCACUGAGGUGCAUGGGGAUAUCUCCUCCAAAAAGCAUGCACACCUUUUUGAUUGGGUUUUCCCUUUUUAUCCUUUACAGACCAGGUUUACACGAUACGCCUAAUACAUAUUAAUUUCCUAACCCAGCCUGUCUUCAUUUCAUAUUACAAUUAGCCCCGUGCCCCUUUCAGUCCUUUGGUCACUUUUUUAUUUUUUUUGGGACUUUAAAUCCGUUUCUUCUGGCUUAGGGUUCGAGGAAUCUCCUUUAUCCUGUGGUGCCUUUGUCUUUGCAUCUCGCUUGUGUAUUCCAGCUCCUUAUCUCAUCGUGCAGUCUGACUCUUUUUCCUGUUCUUGUGGAUUAGGGUGUCAGGGUCUGGUUUU